UUUGUUUUGAUGUUUUAUCGUUAUGUUUUAUUUUUUAAUAUUCCCAGUUCUGAAAAAUAAUUUAUAAUUUGCCAAUUUAUCUGUGAUUUUUGAUAGCCCCAAAAAAACCCAAUACCUAUGAUGAUACUGUUGGAAAUGAGUCCUGUCCACCCGUUUUUAUAGUCAUUACCCACUAUAUAACCUCUAAAAUUUGACACACGCAGGUAAAUGUUUAAUUGACCCCCACAACUGCUGAACAAACUGGAUAAUUUGUUUAUAUUUCGAUGUUCCAUUAAUGCAGAAUUGAACGACGAAAUAUUCGUUCAAAUUUGCAUCAAACAAUGUGAAGUGUGAUACUUAACACAGUUUGAAAAUUCAGCUCUAUCCAAGUGAAAAACUAUAAUGAGAGAACAGCUGAACCUGAGUUUUUGAAGAAAAAUGAAACCAAUAAUUUGAAAUUUAAGCACUUUGAAGGGGCAAUGCUUGAGGAGCCUACAAGUACUGGUGAGGAUGGUGUAAACACAGAAGAACCUAAUUCAGCCAGCAUGGGUGCUACUAGAAAUUUGAAUAUUGCCAGAAUAACUGCUUUACAGGAGAGGAAGAAGCAAAUUGAGGAUAUUUUAGCAAAGAGAAAUCAAGAACUGAGGCAAUUAUGCAUACAGGAAGCAGAGUUGACGGGCAUCACACCGCCAGAGAUGCCCCUGGAACCAGGAGAGACGCCGCCCCUGAUUAGAAGGCGGAUAGGUACAUCAUACCAGUUGCCUGAGAAACUCGUUAAAAAUGCAAACAAUAAAGACAAAAUGAUAACAGAUUUGGAAAUCCAAAUUCAACUGCAUGCAAACAUGGCUGAAGCAGCGUUAGGGUUGGCUAAUGAACAAAACAUGACCAAGACUAUGAAACGACAACAUAGAACAGAAUACCAAAAACACCAACAAAAAUGUCUAGAAUUGCAGGAGAAAUUGGCUUUAUUGAAGGAGAAAGCAGCAACGGAACAGCACAAACAAAAGAAGAAACCCAGGGUUCCAGAAAUUGCUGACGACACCGUGUCUCUUAGCACAAAUUCAAAUGAGCAACUCUUGAAACCAGACGCACGACAUAGUGUGCUUUCUGCAAAGCACAGUGUACCCAGUUCUAAUGAACCUGUUGUGGAUCCCAGAUUCUCCCAAGAUGUGUCAAGACAUCCUUACAGGUACUCCGAAAUUCCUCACGUCGGACUUCAACCUAUUAAACCAGAUGAUCCCUUGAAUUCCGGAUUUUAUCGGCUAAGUCUGAAUGGAUAUAGCGAAUAUAUGGAAAGACGUGAGAACAUAAACAAUGUCUACUCGUCUUCCAGCUAUAAUCCCCACUCAGCAAGUAUGUACCACCUGUAUGGCUCUCAAAUACAACCUCAUCAACAACAUGCCCUCCAUUACCAGCAACAUAGUCCACACAUGUCACAACAUAGUCCACACAUGUCUCAACAUAGUCCACAUUUAUCGCAACAUAGUCCGCAUUUAUCUCAGCAUAGUCCUCAUAGGUCCCAGCAAAGCCCCGUCUUGCCCCAACAUAGCCCUCAUUUAUCCCAACAUAGCCCACAUUAUAGUCAUUUAUCCCAAACAAGUUCGCAGUCGUCUCUGCAUAGUCACCACAGUGUUCCCCAUCAUAGUCCACGCAAAGUACAACACAGUCCACAGCCUCCCCCCCAGCUGUCGCAUCAGCGUAUAUCCCAGUACCCACAAUAUUCACCUGAUUUUCCUGACAUGGGUCUAACCAGUCACAGGCAGCCUAGUCCUACUGCGUCCCUUUCUCCUAAAACUCAGUAUUAUCCUUCCCAUGCAGUGCUCAGCAGGUCGACAUAUAGAAAUUCACACCAGAUACAGCCUCAUCAACAAUAUGAACAAAUGAAUGUGGUGAAUUCAGGAUUAGGCGGAUGCUGGAAAAAAACUGGGAAUGGAGAGUUGGUAUGGUACACUUCAAAUACAAUUGAUGCUAGUUGGCAGCGGGAUAAAAGGUUUGGUAGUUUGGAUAGAAGGAAAACGAAAAAAGCUAGUAGGAUCUCACCCAACUUAGAAAACAAAUCUGCAACUAUCUCCACAGUACCUAAUUAUCACGGCCAAGGACGAAGUUCUGUAAAAACGUCGAAGAUAAUAAACCGCAGGUCUCAAGAUAAUGGACAGUUAGUUCGUACCCAAUCUCUAGGGAGUGUUGGAGCGAUCACUCUUGAUAGUGUGUACCCUACGGAUGACAGUUCCUCUUAUGGAAGUGAUAACAGAGUGCCUGACGGAAAUGUGACACUAAAGAAACCUAAGGAAAAGGAGUGGUUGGAAACUUCUCUAGAUGGACCGGCAUUUUCCGCUCAACCUACUCUUUCCUCGUCUCAGCCUCAGAUACCUUUAGUAUUUACCCCCGAGGAAAAACCACCUCUGGAAAUUCCUGCCGAGUCGAACCCUUCUGUCAAAAUACGUGAUACUAACAUAGAGAUAUUCAAUAAUAAUAUACCAAAAAAUUGUACCGUGGUACAGGCGGGCCACUGUAAACCAUACCAUGAAGAAACGAAGCCAUUCGAGAUGGCUGAUUUUUAUAAAUACUCAACCAAAUACAAGAAAUCACCUGUCAAGUCGGAAGGUGAACCUGAUAAAAGUAUGAAGAGCUCAGGAAGUGUUCAUUCUCACAGAUCUCUAAAUGAGAAAUUUGAAAAUGGUUCUAAACCAGGAUAUUCCCCCAUCGGUCAUACCAGUAGUAGCAAUACCAGUAAUCCAGGAAAAACCGAUGGCAGCACAAGUUUAAAUACCAGUCUCAAUCUUGACCACAUAGCAGUUUCUGAAAAUUUUUCUGAUGAAAUGAAUGCUUGGUAUAAAGAUCAACGGAAGAACAAUAACAACCCCAGCAGUCCCUCCAAGAGUAGAUCAACUGCUACUUUAGUUUAAAGAAAGUAUUUUAAAGUACAAGGCACGUAAUAUGUUUUAUAUAUUUGUACAUUUUUUAAAUUAUAUUUUAUUAGAGUUUUAUAGAAUUUAAGUGUGCAGAGUGAUUCGAAUAUCAGAAUUAAAUUCCUGGAUAGCAACUAGCAAAGAAAUAGAAUAUGUUUCAUUAUUAAAAAUAUGAACAUUCUUCAAAAUAUCGGUCAAGAAAAUUCAAACCCCUGCUCAAAAGAUGUGUAGCUUUAUUUUCAGGAAUUAUUCUACAGUCUUCAUGUUAUCUCUAGAGGUCUUUGAAUUGUUUUUUGUAUUUUUUUAUUGAUAAUGAAAGCACAAUCGAUUGAUCAGUUACCACAAGGAUUACCGGAAGACAACUUUUUUGGUCUAGAUUGCCUUUCUGCUUAUUUCACUCUGAAUCACUCUGCUAAAGUUCAAUUUUUGUUCCGUUUCACUGAAUUGGUCCGCAAGAAUUUCAGUAUAAUAGGACAUGUCUCUGUAAAUAUAUCAAAGACUUUAUUUUUCGACUGAAAAAAAAAUAUAGACACAUUUUCGUACUAUUGAUAAGAUGUUUUGUAUGAAGGCUUCAUAGAGAAUUAUCUUUAUAAUCCACUGUUCAAACUGUCUAGUAUUCAUAACAUUUCAAAUCGUUGAUUAUACUUCAUCGACAGUGUUGAUUAUGGCUAAUUGACAGUUUGAUCUAUUGAUUAUAGAUACUACUAUGUGGGGCUCUUCAGGGCCUUCGUAGUUUUGGUUGUUUGGUUGAUAAUUUUAUAAGUUUCAAUAAAUUGAUUGAUGUAGCCGU